AUGCUAGGUUGGAUGAUAAACCGUGGCGAGAACGCGUCAAACGCGACGGGCGACCAAGAGGAUACUACUCAAAUUGAUCAACCAGAUACUCCCGCUCCUGUUUUUGCGGCAAGAGCGUUCAAAGCCGCCUUAUUUGGCAGUCCCUCCCGUCGACAUCCGGCCGGCAACCCACGACAUCCAAGACGAAGCGCGAUGGAUCGUGAGACUGGUACGCCUUCUAAACCACCCGGUAUUCUCCUGACACCCGGAACUGGUACCUCGAAACGUAAACGAGUCACUUUCGGACAUGGCCUCGAAUCAAACGCGCCAAGUGCAACCGCAGGGCCAGCACCCAACUCGGACGACGAUUGGGAGGAAGAAGAGAGCGACCACGUCAACACAGACGUCACACUGGAUUUAAAUGAGCCUCAUUCGAACUCGGGACGAUAUUGGAAAGAGGAAUAUCAAAAAUAUCACGAUGGCGCCAAGGCUGAAAUGGAGAAACUGCUCAAGUAUAAGCAACUAGCAAAAACCUAUGCACAGCAAAAGGAUACACAGGUCACACGACUGGCUGAGAGAUUGAGAGAGGAGCAAGCAAAGGUCGCUAAACUCCAGCAAAUGUUAGCCCAGACCUCACAAGAAACACCUGUUGAUGGAGCUGAGAACGACGCCAAUAGUGGCACCGCGGCUGCGAUUGUCGAUCUGACCAAGGAACUCGAAAAGCAGACUGUACUUGCCACUGAAUACCGCGAUCGUGCCGAAGAUCUAGAGGACAAACUUGAAGAUGCUCUCGCAUCCCACAAGGCGUUGCAGGAUCGUAGAUCCAGACCCGUGUCAGACUCGCCUGGCUCUCAAAAGGCGUUGAUCGAAGUGCAGCGCGAACUACGCAAGGCUCGAAGCGAGGUGACCGAAAUGAGUUCCCUCCGCGAGCAGCUCGCUACGUUGAAAGCACAACUACAAUUGGCCAAGUCUGCCGACGCACAUACUGCGAGUGAAGCACCCAGUGGUCCCAGAGCUCGGGACCUUCGAACACAGCUCCGAACAGCGCAAGCAGAUCUGAGCACGAAAGCAAAAGAAGUCGAACAAUUGAAAGAAGAUAUGACGGUAUUAAAAACUGAAGCGGAUAAACGCGACGACGAGAUGCGCGAUAUUCUACAACGAGCACAGUCUAAAAUCACAGAACUAAAGAGGGAAAACAAGUCUCUGAAAUCGAUCGAGGCCGAGCACGCGAAACUAAAGAGUCUACACGCCGAAACUUUAGAAACUAUGGCUGCAAUCGAGAAAAGGGCCAACGAAAUGUCUAGUCGUCCUCAACGUCGCCACCGGACAGACGAUAAAGCUUCGAAGACGGCGAAAUCCACUACUCUUCGUGAAAAAUACCAACAAGAUUCUGCUACAGAAGACAACGACAUCGGCCUGGUUUCAGGCCGAAAGCAUCGCCGGGUUUCAUCGCUUCCUGCCGAGUCUGAUGCACGUGGUUGGCAGCCAUUUGUUCCUCGCACACCUCGUGAUAGACACUUCCUGCGCGAUGACAUCGCCAAUCACCUACAGGAUAUAAGCACAACACCUGCUGGGGAACCGUUAGCGCGCCAUAUGAACCUGGGUCGUGAACGAAAUGGCUCCAAAGCCAAAUCGUCCCGAAGCAAACAGAACGAUACCGGUGACGACGAUAUCGACUUGUUGCAGCAUCGAUUCGCGAAGCUUGGCGGCCCCGAAGUAGGCGCUAAGACGAGCAACGUAGCACGUUCUGCGCUUUCAAGAAGUGCUCUCGGAGCGGAGAGGCAUGCCGCAGUGUUAGCCAGAAUUGACAAGAGGGUUGCUGAGAAAAAGAAGGCGCGGGCUCGCUAUCUCAUUGGAAAAGAGAACUUGCGUCCUUGA